UUGACUAAGUUUGUUUUAUGAAUAUCUGAUUUCGCAGCUAGGGGAUUUUUAAUCAGUUCAACUUCAACUGCGAAAAUUAAAAACGGACCUCAUGGGUCGAUAUAAAAUUAGCUUGCAUCUUCAGAAGUACUCAAGAGUUUGCAUUCAUUUGCCUUUACUCGGAGGCCCUCUGAGCGAUAGGAAAAGGAGAAACGUGUAAGCAAGGACACCCAAAGAUGAGCUCAAUUAUUUUGUGCAGGCUAAUAUUUGGUGCAUAUCUUUUCCCGUUAGUUGCACACGGUUCCUCCCCGAAUGAAUGUUACGAAUGCUUCACCCAUACGUCAUGGGAAGACUGCUUCAACAAAACAAUUUCAAGAACUUGUGAACGGGGUGAUUAUAUGUGUAUAAAAGGCAAGAUCUCAUUCUCAAAAAAUUCCAAGACAGAGCACAUAUUCUUCAAAACCUGCGCAAACGGGAAUGAAUGUAUGACUUAUGAGAAAGAUGGAAUCCAGGUCCCUACAUGUCAGGAUAAGAAGAGGCAGGGUUACUCAGUCGAGUGUUCGGUCACGUGCUGCGAAGAUGACAAAUGUAAUGGUGCUGUGCAGGGACAAAGGGUCAGCGGUCUGUUGAUGUUUGUUUCAUGCCUACUAGCUGCUAAGAAGUUGAUAUGGUCAUAGUUAAUGAUAAUAACGUGUUAUGUCACGAGAAAAUACUAAGUAGGUAACUGUAGAUUGACAACGAAGGGGCGGGUCCAAGAAUUAGUAAUAGAGGAAUCCAAUUUUUUUAUCCUGAGCAUACAAGAAAAUUUUCACUUCGUAAUCAUAGAAAAGCUAAGAUUUAUUGCGAGACAAGUAAAUGUGAGAUAUUGUGUAGUAACGUAACAUACGAUCCUGUCGUAGUAUGAAUCUUAGUAUUAGACAAUCGGUAAAAAACCCACAGGUCUGAUGGGAAGGAUUGUUCGAAUUCCCGGAUCGACCCUCCUCCUGGACCCGUCAUUUAAGUGCACCAAACAAUUCAGAUUUUGUGGCGUACUUUUUCCAUUAGAAGUGUAUAUUUUUUCUUUCACAGCAUAAAGAAUACUCCAUUCACACCAACAAAUCAUGUCUGGUUAAACCGGGUUUAACUGAAUAAAAAUAAGAAACAGAAAUGAAACACUGAAUUUUCCAUAGGUUUCAAGUCGUCACUUUUUUUUUUUUUAAUGUGCCUCAAGUAGCCUAUAUGAAAAAGAAAACGAAUUUAAAUCGUGUUUAACAAAUCAAACAGCUUUAAAACAUGUUGAGGCUUUGGUGUGAAAGAGGUCGAAAUAACUCUAGGGCUAACUUCGAACUGAGUUUCCUUGCGUCUGAGAAAGAAGACUUUUCCUAAUAAGUUGACGUUUUGUAAUUUUUAAAUGCAUCAAUUUUCUUACGGUUGUACCUUAACAUUAAGCAAAAAUACGGUACUAUCGAAGAAUUCAAGCCUUUCAUUUCUAGUUGGUGAUCCUGUAGCGAGUUAAGA